UGUCUACAGCCACAGUUCAGUAAACUUCCCUGGAGUCCAGGUUUAGGGGAUUCAUUUAGACCCUCAUGGCCCAGUCUCCUUCCUGGCCUCUCAAAGGUUGAAAAAGAGGGAGCUAUGCUCAGACUCCAAGUAAGAAUGCUGGAGGGGAUGAUCCUUGGGAUUGUGCAGUCAGGAGCCCAUGGGGCAGCUCACUCACUUAUAUCUUCUAUGGGCUCUGCUAUAUUUGUGUUAUAGUUUGGAUUUGAAGUGUCUCUCAAAGGCUCAUGUGUCAAAGGCUUGGUUCCCAUUAGGGCUUUUGGGAAGUAAUCAGAUCAGGAGGGCUCUGAUCCCAUGAAUGGAUUCACAACUGAAUGGACUAUUGAAGAUGAUGGAUUAUUGAGAGGUGAUGGAAACUGUAGGAGUCAGGGUAUAGGCAGAGGAAAUAAGUCACUGAGGGUAUGUCCUUGUCCCUAGUCUCUUCUUGCUCUCUCUGUUUCCUGGCUGCCAUGAGAUGAGUAGCUUCCUCCACCACAUGCUCCUGCCAUUAUAAUGUACUGUUUUUUUAAAAAUAUAUUUUUUAGUGUAGUUGGACAUAAUACCUGUAUUUUAUUUAUUUUUAUGUGGUGCUGAGGAUUGAACUCAGCGCCCUGCACAUGCUAGGUGAGCGCUCUACCACUGAGCCACAACCCCAGCCCCUAUGAUGUACUGUUUUAACUUAGGCCCAGAAACAAUGGAGCAGUGGAUCAUGGACUGAAACUUCUGUACCUGUGAGCCACAGAUAAAUAUUUCCUCCUUUCAGUUUUCUCAGGUAUUUUGUCAUGGCGGUGAAAAGCUGAUUAAUAUUCUUUUUCUGCCCCAGGUAGUGACAUUGCCCAGGGCUCUAACGUGUCUCUCAUGGCUUAUAAAGGUGACAAGGUCCAGGCACCGCUGCAGGAACUGAUUCUCCCUGUCCAUGGAGGUGUGAGUCAUGAAGUUCAGAACUCUGUUCCUGCUGCUUUUCGGGCCUCUAACCCUGAUCCAAACCUGGGCGAGGCCCCACUCCCUGCGUUAUUUCCACACCUCCGUGUCCCGACCUGGCCACGAAGAGUCUUUUUACACCUCGGUGGGCUAUGUGGACGACACACUGUUCCUGCACUUCGACAGCGACGCCCCGAAUCCGAGGGUGGAGCCGCGGGUGCAGUGGAUGGAAUUUGAGGCACAAGAGUUUUGGGAAGCGCAAACCAAUGCUAAGGCUCAUGCACAGAAAUUGAGCUGGAACCUGCGCUCCACCCUCCGUUACUUCAACCAGAGCGAGGACGGCUCUCACACCUUCCAGUGGAUUUCUGGCUGUGACCUUGGGCCAGAUGGAAGCCUCCUUCGUGGAUAUGAGGAGUUUGCCUAUGAUGGUGCGGAUUACAUCUCCCUGAAUGAGGACCUGCGCUCUUGGACCACGUGGGACAAGGCUGCUCAGAUCACCCAGCGCAAAUGGGAGGAUUCAGGAGAUGCAGAGCACUACAGGGCCUACCUGCAGGAGGAGUGCCUGGAGUGGCUCCGCAGAUUCCUGGAGAAAGGGAAGAACAAGUUGCUGCACACAGAGUCUCCAAAGACACAUGUGACCCAUCACUUAAGCCCUGAAGGAGAUGUCACCCUGAGGUGCUGGGCCUUGGGCUUCUACCCUAAGGAGAUCACCCUGACUUGGCAGAGGGAUGGGGAGGACCAGAUUCAGAACAUGGAGCUUGUGGAGACCAGGCCUGCAGGGGAUGGAACCUUCCAGAAGUGGGCAGCUGUGGUGGUGCCUGCUGGGGAGGAGCAUAAGUACACAUGCCAUGUGCAUCAUGAGGGGCUGCCUGAACCCCUCACCCUGAGAUGGGAGCUAUCUCGUCAGCACACCUUCUCCAUGAUUGGAAUUCUUCCUGGCCUCCUUCUCUUUGGAGUUGGGUUUGCUAGUGUGAAGUGGAAGAGCCAGAUAAAAAAGAGAGCUCUGCUUCUGCCCCAGAAAUUCCUUCACAGCCAAAGAAGUGUGACCACAGUCUGAACUCCGGAAUCUCUGCUCCUACCAUCUUCUCCCUCCUCCUGAGGUACCUGGCUUGAUGAGGGGUGCUGUGGCCUUUUGAAGACUCCAUGACAGUGGCAGCUACAUGGAGACACCUUGCAGGCUGGGGCAAGGUCCCUCAGGAGGCUGAACUAGUGUCUGAGUAGCACUGUUUUCCCAACAGCCAGGAUUCAUUUGUCCAGGAAUCAAGAAAUGGGAAUGGGAGUGGCAACUCUCACUAUGGCCCCCAGUGACCCACUGUGUGCUUCCUGUCCCAAGACCUUAUGUCCUGCUGGCCUAGAGAUAUUAGUUUCACAGAAGAAAUGCUUCCAUCAAGAGACAACAAUGAGUUCACUGAAUUGGAAAGGUCAACUGUCACUGGCCAUGUUGGGCUCUUCUUGCUUUAAGUCAAGAGCCCAAGAGUGGAGUUAGCUGGUGGGCCUGAGUGAUGGAUCCUGGCAGCCAGGGGGACAUGGGACAGCUGCUCCCCAGGGAGGGAAGGAAGGGAAUGUCUGGAAUACAGGAUUCCCUUAGGGUGCCUCUUAGUGUUACAUCCCCUGAGAUUAAUGUCCAUGGGAAACUACAUCAGCCCAACUCAGGCAGAACUAAGAGUGGCCAGGACCCUUCAGGGGGAAUGAAGGUUGGCAUCACCACAGCAGGAGAAAUACUACAGGCAGCUGAACUACUUGCUGAAUUGAAGGGAAUAUGGAAUGAGAGGUGGAAGAAGAUAGUUAUGAGUACUAGCAGCAACACAUGACCAUUUUCAGAGGAGAGGACUGUAAUUUUCAUUUGCAUAUCUUCUUUAUUUUAUUAUGAAUAUGUUUGUG